ACACUGCUUAUCAAGACUAGGGUUUGACAUCGCCACUCUCGCCAUGGCAGGAGCCGGAGGUGGGGGCAACGAUGUGCAAUGGUGUUUUUCGCAAGUGAAAGGGGCGAUCGAUGAUGACGUAGCUGAAGCCGAUAUCAUCUCUACUGUGGAGUUCAACCACUCAGGGGAGCUGCUAGCCACAGGGGACAAAGGCGGUCGGGUUGUCAUCUUUCAGCAAGAGACCGAGAACAAGAGUCAGCCACAGUGCCGUAGUGAAUACAAUGUUUACAGCACAUUUCAGAGCCACGAGCCUGAGUUUGAUUACCUGAAGAGCUUGGAAAUCGAAGAGAAGAUUAACAAGAUUCGCUGGCUACCACAAAAGAACGCUGCACAAUUUUUGUUGUCCACAAAUGAUAAAACUAUAAAGUUGUGGAAGAUCAGUGAACGUGACAAGAGGCCAGAGGGAUACAAUCUUAAAGAGGAGGAUGGCCGCUACAGAGAUGCUGGUGCCAUCACAACUCUACGGGUGCCAGUGUUCAGGCCAAUGGAUCUCAUGGUUGAGGCCAGCCCUCGGAGGGUCUUUGCCAACGCUCACACAUACCACAUCAACUCCAUCUCAGUCAACAGCGACAAUGAGACCUACCUGUCCGCAGAUGACCUGCGCAUCAAUCUGUGGCACCUAGAGAUCACAGACCGCAGCUUCAACAUUGUGGACAUAAAGCCAGCCAACAUGGAGGAGUUGACGGAGGUGAUUACAGCCGCAGAGUUCCAUCCCAACCAAUGCAACACCUUUGUCUACAGCAGCAGUAAGGGCACCAUCCGCCUGUGUGACAUGCGUGCAUCAGCACUUUGUGACAAGCACUCUAAAUUGUUUGAGGAGCCAGAAGACCCCAGCAACCGCUCUUUCUUCUCUGAAAUCAUCUCGUCCAUCUCAGACGUGAAGUUCAGUCACAACGGCCGCUACAUGAUGACCCGUGACUACCUGUCUGUCAAAAUCUGGGACCUCAACAUGGAAAAUCGGCCUGUUGAGACAUACCAAGUUCAUGAGUACCUCAGGAGUAAGUUGUGCUCGCUGUAUGAGAAUGACUGCAUCUUUGACAAGUUUGAAUGCUGCUGGAACGGAAAUGACAGUGUGGUGAUGACUGGAUCCUAUAACAACUUCUUCCGAAUGUUGGACCGUUCCCAGCGGCGAGACGUUACCCUAGAAGCUUCGCGCGAGAGCUGCAAGCCCCGGCAGGUCCUGAAGCCACGCAGGGUGUGCGCGGGUGGCAAACGAAAGAAGGACGAGAUCAGCGUGGACAGCCUGGACUUCAACAAGAAAAUCCUACACACCGCCUGGCACCCGCAGGAAAAUAUCAUCGCCGUGGCAACCACCAACAACCUCUACAUCUUCCAGGAAAAAGUGAACUAAUACGGUCAUUAUGGGGAAAGAAAACCUCUGAAUCUCUCUAUGUGCAAAAAGUUGAACUAGAAAAAAUCAUUUCUGUGACAUCCACCAUCACAUACCAUCCUUGGCCUACUCCAGGACAGGAUGAACUAGUGAAGUCAAGUGGCUGCCAAUACUGAAUAAACUGGUUCAGACUGGUCUGGAGAGAUUGCAACCUUGCUUCUGGCCUAUGGCACCAUGACACACACCUUACUCUGGUGAUGUCGUGCCAACCUUUGUCUGUACCCUCCAUCCCUUUUCCCUUUAUCCACAAGUCCGAGCCCAAGGACAAAAUGGGCGGCAGGUUCCAAUCUUUGACAGAUUUCAACCAUAGUUUUUUUUUUUUUUUUUUUUUUUUUUGGCUUUGGUUUAUGAAAGAUUUCUGUAUAAAAACUUAUUUGAACUUGUGUGGCUGUGUUCCUGUGUCCUUUAAUUUGUUGUUCGUGCCAUUGUAACCAUUUUUUUUAUCUUAUCAGAGAAACUGCCAAGUUGUUUAGCUUGUUUUAAUUCUGUUUCAAGAAUAAAUGUUUUGAUCUUUUUUUUUUUUUUUUUUUUUAAGGUUACU